CUUUCCCCCGACUCAUUCGCUUAUACUACAACUUCUAGGGCCUAGGAACUCAGGUUCUAACAACUCAUCAACGCCUUCAACGGGCGGUGGGAACAUUACUCGAUAGUCGAAUCCUAUACCCAAUAUCAAACUCUAUACAAUUCUGGACAAGUCUUGUGCCCGGGUUUGUGGCCUACAUAAGGAACGAAGCACUCUCGCUACCUAGUAUGGCAUGGAUAAAGGCAUGUCUACAGCUGGCGGCAGUGACAGCCUACUAUAUAUCGUCUACUAGUCCGAAUCCGCCUCAAUCGACGCAUAAGUCGCUGACGACGAGUAGUUUCCAAAAGCCUUCAUUUGACAAUCUCACCGUUCGGGUACUUGUCCCGCUGGGCAAAUACGCAAUCGUAGUCCCGGCCAUUGCCGAGGCGCUCAUUGCCCUCGCUCUCUCAUAUUCCUCCUCACCCUACUCCUCUAAAAUCCUGUCCAUACUUGGGUAUAAUGUUCUGACGCCAGUUCCAUCGACCCUCUACAUCACAGGCUCCAUUCUUGCCAUCCUCGGUGGCGUUGCCCGCGUGCAAUGCUUUCGUGCACUCGGGAAGCAAUUCACGUUCAACAUCGGCGUGCUCAAGGACCAUUCGCUUGUCACGUCUGGACCUUAUUCGUGGGUUCGGCACCCGAGCUACACAUUUGCGUGGCUGCAAAUGGCGGGUAUCGCUCUCAUGCACGCUGCUCCUGACUCCGCCACCGGCAGUGGAUUGAGCGCAGGGACUGGUUCAUGGCUGCGUGAGGCGGAUGCACUGCUGGUGGUGAGAGCGGGUAUUGUCCUCACGUGGGGGGUUUCAGUCGCUGGUAUAACAAGGAUGUUUAUGAUGCGGCUACCGGUGGAAGACAGCUUUCUGCAUAGGCAUUUUGGGACGGAAUGGGAGGUGUUUGCAAAGAGAGUGAAGUACAGAUUGAUUCCUGGAGUUUAUUAAGUCAAGUACGUAGGCUAUUGGUCCUUCACGCCAUUUGAUAAGAACGAAGAACAUCAGUCAAGCGCAUGACAAGCACCAGUUACACCAAUGGAGUAUGUAAAUUUGUGAUCUUUGUA